AUGUUCUCGAUCCGGCUAAGGAUCGCUUCUCUUCUGUGUACGGUGCUGGCACAACCAUCGCCAGACUACCGCCAAGACGUCUCCCAAUGGUCUGGCUGGGGCGGCAGCUACCUCAACGACAGACAUGCUCAGAAUAGCGAACUCAACAGCACAACCUUGAAGUCUCUCCAGCAGCGCUGCCGGUACGAUGUCGCCGUUGGCACGAGCGCACCACCUGCUACUCAGGAUAGCAUUGCCUACUUUACAACCUACGGAGGUCUUUUGAUCGCCUACGACUACGUGGACUGCAAGCUAGUUUGGAGGACGAACGUAACAGAUAUCAUAUACCAGUAUGGUCAGCCCACUGCGUUCCAGUUGGCCGUAAUCUCAGCUGUAUCACGGUCCAGUCCACAGAUAGGUGACGGAGUUCUGUACAUCGCCACCUUGAUUCAUGCCUUGCUGUUGGCUUUCGAUCCGAAGACUGGGAAGUUACUUGCUACGACUCAGGUACACCCUCAUCCUUACGCACAACUCACUAUGAGCCCGACUUACUACAACGGCCGGGUCUUCAUAGGCACCUCUAGCGCGGAAGAGACUGCUGCACUCCUACCCAAUUAUACGUGCUGCAGCUUCGCAGGCACUUUCGCCGCCUUCAGCUUCGAUCACUCCAAGGGAAAGUUCACAACGGAGUGGAACGUGACCCUACUCCCUGAGCCCCUUGGUGUAGAUGGAUGGAACGGUGCUGCUGUCUGGGGCAGUCAGCCAUCUAUUGAUUCAAAGCGUCAACAGGUCUUCAUCGCAACCGGCAACACUUAUGAAUUGCCCGACAGCGUGGUAGCAUGUAUCAAUGCGACCAAAGACGAUGAUCAGGAUGCUUGCUAUCCUGAAGACGCACAGAUUCAAGCUGUCGUCGCUCUCGAUAUUCGCACUGGUCGGAUCAACUGGUCUUCGAAGCAAUCACCGCUACAGGCGUGGACGGCUGCUUGUGGAGUACCCGGGUUCACUCCUAAGCUUCCAACAUGUCCUGCCGACCCAGGCCCAGAUGCAGAUUUUGGAAUGGCGCCGUCCUUCAUCUCUGCGUCACAUGCCCGCACUCCGAAUCACUCUGACGUUGUAGUGACUGGACAAAAAAGCGGCGUGCUGUUUGCAAUGGAUGCUGCGAACGGCAGCGUAUAUUGGGCGACUCUUACCAGUCCGGACUCCUCUUCAAACGGUGCUCUGACUUGGGGAGUUGCAGUCGACAGCGAGAAGGUCUACUUUACCGGCGCGAAUCCUGCAGGUAUAAGCUGGGAAACACUGCCGUCUGGUAAGAACAUCUCGAACUCAGCUUAUGGCGCUGUAUCUUUAUUGAAUGGCACAUUCCUCUGGGAGACAUCAGUGCCUCACAACUACAGUUCACUGGAUCCUCCUACUGUGGUGAAUGAUCUUGUGCUCGUAGGACGCAACUACAACUACAAUGGUGGAGCCCUUGCACCUGCGAACAGCACAGGCAGUGUGGUAAUACUCAAUACCGCCGGCAAAGUACUACAAGAGAUAGAAGUAGAUACUGUAAUGUGGGGCGGUAUCGCUGUACUAGAGAAGCAUGUGCUUGUUGGCACGGGCUAUCGUUACGGGUCGACUGGCGGAGCGUUCAUUGUUUACGAGCUCUGCGACUGA